CCUGCAGCCACUAGCGGGACUUGAGCAUCGCGCUAGUCCCUUCCCAGCGCUCGGCCUGAGCAAAGGCAUCCGAACUCGACAUGAGCAGCCCCGAUGCGGGCUACGCCAGCAGCGACGACCAGGCGCAGGGGCGGUGCUCACUGCCCAUCAUGAUGCCGGCCAUGGGCCCCUGUACGUGGGCAGAGGCGCUGAGCCCGCUGAGCGAGGCGAAGAGCAAGGGCGAGGCGGCGCCGUCGGGCGGCCGGAGCAAGAGCGAAGCGCGGAUCCGGCGGCCCAUGAACGCCUUCAUGGUGUGGGCGAAGGACGAGCGCAAGCGGCUGGCACAGCAGAAUCCGGACCUGCACAAUGCAGAGCUCAGCAAGAUGCUGGGUAAAUCGUGGAAGGCGCUGUCGCUGGCGGAGAAGCGUCCGUUCGUGGAGGAGGCGGAGCGGCUGCGGGUGCAGCACAUGCAGGACCACCCCAACUACAAGUACCGGCCGCGGCGGCGGAAGCAGGUGAAGCGGCUGAAGCGUGUGGAGAGCGGCUUCCUGCAGCACGGCCUGGCGGAGCCGGCGGGGCCCGGGCUGGCCAGCGAGGCCAACGGCGGCGGCGGCGGCGGCGGCAGGAUGUGUGUGGAGAGCCUGGGUCUGCCUUACGGCGAGCAGGGCUACGCGGCGUCGGGGCACUACCGGGACUGCCCGCCGUUGGGCGCCGGCUUCGACGGCUACGGGCUGCCGACACCGGACCCAUCGCCGCUGGACGCGGCGGAGAGCGAGGCGCCGUUCUUCGCGGCGGGGCUGCAGGAGGAGUGCGCGCUGGGGCCCUACGGCUACGCCCCGCACUCGGCGAGCGAGUACCCGCCGCCGGCGGCUGCUGCUGCUGCUGCUGCUGCUGCCGAAAGCCCGUCGGGAGCCGCGCUGCGCCGGCACCUACCAGCCGGCGAGGCGCUGGGGCCGAGCGCCGGCUCGCUGCAGGGGCUGUUGGGCUGCUCGACGCCGCUCCACGCCUACUACGGGCAGGCCUACCAACCGCCGGGCCCGGGUCGCGGCCCGCCGCUGCCGCCGGGGCCGGUAGGUCAGCCGUCGCCGCCGCCGGAGCCGGGGCCGUGCCGGGAGCAGCUAGAGCACUUGCCGCAGGAGGAGCUUCUGGGCGAGGUGGAUCGCACCGAGUUCGAGCAGUACCUGCGCUUCGCCUGCAAGCCCGAGCUGGGGCUGCCCUUCGCGGGCCACGACGGCGCGGGGCUAGCGGCGCCCGGGGGCGCGGGACCCAUCUCCUCGGCCGUGUCGGACGCCAGCAGCGCCGUCUACUACUGCGGCUACCCCGACGUGUGAGGGACCGGUUCGGGAGCCCGCCAC